UUAUUCCUCAGUAGCCGUCCUCCCUGUCACGCACCGCCGGCAACAUGCCCCAUCCGUCCUUAUUGUAACGAAGAUGAGGGGGCGGGCCCGUGUGUGUGAAACCAAUAGCACAUCCCCGCACACACGCUCCUCAUUCUGGUCCAGCCCUGCGCUCCACCCGCCGUCUACUGCUCCGGGUUGCUGUGGCCGGGGUGAUGAGCGUGUGUGCGGGGAUGUGCCCAGCUCCUGAGACCAUUCCACUGCUCCGGCUGCCGGCGGGGCUGAGUCCAGCAGGCGUAAUGACAUGCUGCUGUGCACACCGUGGGGGAGAGUGUAGCGGCUGCACCGCGUGGUCUACGUCCUGGAAGACGUGCACUGAAUGCAGUGACGGGUCUGCUGCCUGCUAGCUGCGAGCACAAAGAUGCCUGGGUGCGUGACAACGUAUACACAAUUCUAGCAGUCUGGGGCCUGAGUCUUGCUUACAGAAAAAAUGCUGAUCGAGAUGAAGACAAAGCAAAGGCAUAUGAGCUGGAACAGAAUGUGGUCAAGCUCAUGAGAGGUCUACUUCAAUGUAUGAUGAGACAGGUUACCAAGAUUGAAGAAUUCAAAUACAGUCAGAGUACCAAAGAUUCACUACAUGCAAAGUAUAACACAUUCACCUGUUCCACUGUGGUGGGAGACGACCAAUGGGGCCACCUGCAGCUUGAUGCUACUUCUAUAUAUCUGCUGUUCUUGGCACAGAUGACCACAUCCGGUCUCCAUAUAAUAUACACACUGGACGAGGUGAACUUUAUACAGAAUUUGGUGUUUUACAUAGAAGCAGCAUACAAAACAGCAGACUUUGGGAUGUGGGAACGUGGUGACAAGACAAAUCAGGGCAUCUCUGAACUAAAUGCCAGCUCAGUUGGAAUGGCCAAGGCAGCUUUGGAAACUUUAGAUGAACUGAAUUUGUUUGGUGCUAAAGGAGGUCCUCAGUCUGUUAUUCAUGUAUUGUCUGAUGAGAUUCAACACUGUCGGUCUAUUCUGCAAUCCAUGCUUCCAAGAGCCUCUACAUCCAAGGAGAUAGAUGCUGGAGUUCUUUCUGUCAUCUCAUUUCCAGCGUUUGCUGUGGAGGAUUCUCAGUUGGUUCAAAUCACCAAGGAAGAAAUCAUCAACAAAUUACAGGGCCGUUAUGGCUGUUGUCGGUUUCUGCGGGAUGGAUACCGUACUCCAAAAGAGGAUCCCAGCAGGCUGUACUAUGAGCCUGCAGAGCUAAAACUGUUUGAGAACAUUGAAUGUGAAUGGCCACUGUUCUGGACGUAUUUAAUCCUUGAUGGUAUUUUUAUCGGCAACAUGGAACAGGUACAGGAAUACAGAGAGGCACUUGAAAGUGUUCUAAUCAAAGGAAAGAAUGGUGUGCAACUAAUUCCAGAGCUAUACAGUGUGCCAGAAGACAUGGUUGAGGAAGAAUAUGAACAUCCACACACUGUGGAUCGCAAACCUAUGGGAAAGCUGCCACAUAUGUGGGGCCAAUCACUUUAUAUUCUAGGCUGUCUUAUGUCAGAGGGUUUCCUAGCUCCUGGAGAGAUAGAUCCUCUCAACAGAAGAUUUGCGACUGUCCCCAAACCAGAUGUGGUUGUUCAAGUUUGCAUCCUGGCAGAGACUGAAGAGAUCCAGGAAAUCCUUAAAAAGCAUGGUAUUGAGGUGGAGACAGUGGCUACUGUGAACCCUAUCAGGGUACAGCCAGCUAGGAUUCUGAGUCACAUCUACGCCAGGCUUGGACGUAAUAAAAAGAUGAAACUCACUGGAAGACCCUACAGAAAUAUGGGUGUCUUGGGGACCUCCAAACUGUAUAGUAUUCGCCAGAACAUAUUUGUUUUCACUCCACAGUUCAUAGAUCAACAGCAGUUUUACCUGGCCUUGGAUAACCGUAUGAUCGUGGAGAUGUUGCGCACUGACCUAUCCUACCUGUGCAGUCGCUGGAGAAUGACUGGAAGACCUACCAUUACCUUUCCUGUUUCACAAAGCAUGCUUGAUGAGUCUGGUACAGAUUUGGAUCCAGCUGUACUAGCUACGCUUAGGAAACUCCAGGAUGGAUACUUUGGUGGCGCAAGGAUUCAGACCGGUCGCUUAUCAGAUUUUCUUACCACGUCAUGCUGCAAACACCUCAAUUUCAUGGACCCUGGAGUGGAGGGUAAGCUGUGCACCAAGGAUAGUGGCUCCAGCAGGGGCCAAUCAAUCAUCGUGCGGGAGCCGGAAAUGCCCCUGCAUGUGGCCCCACCAGCCGAUGAUGAAGAUUCAGAGGACGAAGUAGCACAAUAUCUCAGUCAACUUUUGGGCACCACCAAACCCCGAACAUCGGCUGCUAAACAGAAAGGGGGAUUGAAUAGAUUCCGAGCUGCCAUUCACAAUACGCGAGAUAUUAUUUCCCUUCACACAAAAGCCAAGAGUCUGAAUGUGCAAGACAUACAGAUGUAUCUGCCUACCAAACUGUUUCAGGCUUAUCAGUCUUCUGAGUCGCUGGACUCUGCAGCUCAACAGGAGAAAACAAGCAAGAUUCCAGCGGUCCAAGAAGAGAUGCAGCUCCCUCAGGAUUCAGCAAGGGAGAUGGAUUUUGCUGCUCUGGUAGAUAUCUUACGGGAAGCUCCCAAUGUCCAAGAGCAAGCAAGCAUCCUGUAUCUUCUGUAUUCUAUGAAGGGAUUAGAUUGGGACACUCUGAUAUAUGGACAGCCAGGUGUUACUGUAAAAGACCUCCUGACAGAACUGUAUGGUAAAGUCGGGGCCACACGCCAGUGGGCUUUGAUACGCUGCAUUUCAGGGAUGCUGAAGAAGAAAGUAGAAGCUCUAGAUGAGGCAUGCACAGACCUUCUAUCACACCAGAAGCAGAUCACAGUAGGGCUACCUCCAGAGCCAAGGGAAAAGACUAUCAUUGCGCCACUUCCAUAUGACAGACUAAUUAGUUUGAUUGAUGACGCCAGUGAACAGAAUAUGAGCAUUUCUAUCCUUACGCAGGAAAUAAUGGUGUAUCUGGCUAUGUAUAUGAGAACACAGCCUUCUCUGUUUGCUGAGAUGUUCCGCUUGCGUAUUGGACUCAUCAUCCAAGUGAUGGUGACAGAACUUUCCCAUUCACUCUCCUGUUCCACUGAAGAGGCCACAGAAAGUCUUAUGAACCUUAGUCCUUCCGACAUGAAGAGCCUUCUACACCACAUCCUGAGUGGAAAGGAGUUUGGGGUGGAGAGAAGUGUGCGCUCCAUGGACACCAUGGCCAGUCCAGCUAUUUCCAUCCGUGAAUUGGGAGCUGUGGGAGCAACAAAGAGCGAGAGAGCUGGAAUAACACGGUUGAAGAGUGAGAUAAAACUGCUGGAUAAACGUAGGCUGUCUCUGGCUGCAGAAGGCAAGGAUACGGAUUUAUUUUCAGCUGUCUCUCUGAAGCGUGGUGACACUCUCUCUGCUUCUGGUGACCUCUCCACUUCCACCAUUUCCGAUAGCGACAGUGCUCAAGACAGCCGACAAGGCCAGUGGCUCCGAAGGCGGCGACUGGAUGGGGCCCUGAAUAGGGUGCCUGUAGGCUUUUACCAGAAAGUUUGGACAAUAUUACAAAAGUGCCAUGGACUGUCUGUGGAAGGUUUUGUGCUACCCUCUUCCAGUACCCGUGAGAUGACUCCAGGAGAGUUGAAAUUUUCUGCCCAUGUGGAGUCUGUCCUGAAUCGUGUGCCUCAGCCAGAGUACCGCCAGCUGUUGGUGGAAGCAAUCUUGGUACUUACUAUGCUUGCUGAUGUGGACAUCAAGAGUGUGGGUGGAAUUAUCCACAUUGAAAGGAUUGUGCAUAUUGCUAAUGACAUGUUCUGUCAAGAGCAGAAAGUGCUUGGCGCAGACGAGGCCAUGUUGCAAGUUGACCCGGUAACUGGAAUUUGCAUCUUAUUCUAUGACAGUGCCCCCAGUGGACGGUUUGGCACAAUGACGUACCUCUCCAAAUCAGUGGCCAUAAUUUUGCAGGAUUCUCUCCCACAUGGCGGUUGCUCCAUGCAAUGACAAAGUCAGAUGUUUACAACAGAUGCACUGAGACGUGGAAACAUUCACCUAGUUCUCUGUUCAUGACACUUAUGAUACCUAUUGAAGAGUUGCUUUAGAAACUUAAUAAAUGUCUCAUUUUAUUUUUCUUUUCUGAAACUACAAUCAUAUUAUGAAUAUUUAGAGAGCCAGUAAAGGGUGCUGAGAGAAGGAUGGGGCAGGUACCGAUUGCCUGGCUCAUCUGGAUGACCAUAAUACCACAACACACACAGUCUCCUUAUUGAAGCUUUUUGUGAUUGGUUGUGGUUAUGUUUAAUUUUACUAUUCCAUUUGAUAAUUAUGGAAUAAACACAUUGCCUUAGCAGCACUGAACGAGCAGAAUCCCGGAAAAAGAGAAUGAGUUAAUUAUCUUUAUUUCCAUUGGCGUGACCCUUAAUGAAGCAAAUAAACAGAGUAGUACCAUUUAAUGUUUUUAAUAUGUUAAGAAAAUAAAUAUAAAUGUUGCAAUUUUUUUAAUUAAAAGAUGGCAGAGUUUUGAAAAAAACACGUGCAGAGUAUACAGCUGAUACACUUACAGCCAUUCUUAUAAUUAUCUAUUGAAAGAUUUUUGCCAUUGAUACAGAUGUUCCUUGAAAACUUUCAAAUGUCUCAUCUGUACAAUGUAUUUAUUUUAGCAUCCAGCUCACAUAUCUAUAGCAUGAUAUAUCAGAAUAUGCAGCAUACAUAUUUCCUACCUUGGCAUUUCACUUGCUUUUGAACAGAAAACUUAGCAUAAGGAAAAGAAUGGGAUCUCUUAACAACAAUCCUCAUCUUAUUUUAAGUAGCAGAAAUCAGUCAUACAAAAUCCACAUGUAUGAAUGAAAAGGAAUGAAAAGAAAAAUGGUACUUUUCUAUGAAAUAAUCAGUGGAGUAUGACAUAAACCUGCUGUAAACAUAUCAGGCUCUGUAAACUCUUUGGUCAUUUCAGUAAUUUUCUUUGCACUGACGCUGGAAACGUUGUAAUGCAAAUGUUUGGAAGUCUUGCAUUUAUUUAAAUGUAACAAAGUACUUAUGAUUUUCUGCUUGUGUGUGAGAGGACCUCUACUAUGUAUUCAUCUUUGCUAUUUUCCUUAUAUAAUAGUUUCAACUGGUGUCAUCUUUUGCAAAUAGUGACACUGGUAUUCUGACAUAGUUUAUCUGACUGGUUUUAAAAUGUGUUCUAUAAUCAGUAUUUGCAAGCAAUAAAACAGUGUGCAUCUUCA